UCACAUGAACUCACAUUAUGGCGGUCAACUUUUGUACCGUCUUGGCCUCUGUUUGCCUUCUGUGUGCUGUUAUGGUGGAAGGAAACGAUGAAGACCGUGAUUACAGAGACUUUUAUGAGUAUGAUGACGACGAUAAUGGCAUCAAAAAAGCUGAAAAAUGCCCCGAUAUUAACUUACCCAGAGGUCUUGGCGGCCCUUGCAAAGUCAGUGAUUUUUGCAGCAAUAUUACUUGCGAGGUGAAGGUGGGGGAGAAGAGUGCCACCUUAAUUUUCAAAAUAAACCAGUGUGAUGAUCCCAUAACUGCCACAGUCACUGUCAAGAUACAAGGUUAUGCAGUUGAUUGGUCGCAUACAUUUAAGGAUGGUGAAAAGAUCAAGCUUCCGGUUGGGAAGGAAUCCGGUGUAAUGGCACAAGGAUCAGUUUCACUUUUGGUUGUGUUGAAAAGAGAAGGCAAAAAGUUGCAUUUUAAGCUUCAGUUGUUGGGAAAAGUUGAAGUACCAUUAUAUCACAAACUGGACGGGCCCAUCGAUAAAACUCUGAUCGACGGAAAAAUUUCGCUGUCAGAUAAACAUUGCGGUUUCAGCGCUUGGUUCAACAAACAGCCGCGUUACAUAAAGAUUUUGGUGAUUGCGGGCCCUAUCUUGGUCUUUAUCCUUCUGCUCGUGCUCACAGUGUACUGUCGUAUGAGAUGUAAGCACCGUGCGCCCACACGCCUUCAUGUGGAGAUGCCGAGUCAUCGUGCCCGGACCACCACGACCAGAAGUAAAGUUCCUAUGCAACGGCUGAUAAAUCAGGAAUAAAUAUGUGUGCAUAUACCCUGAAAACUCAGGGCGGGAAGCACGAGAUGGAAAAAUAAGUGAAAACUGAAGAAACCACUUCAAGUACAAAACAAAUUAAUGACCAUAAAAGACAAUUAAACUACGCGGAAAUCUGCGAAAACUGCAGAAAUUACCAAAAAGUAAAUUUGAUAAAGUAUUGGAAACCGUACGAUACGUUAAUUAUUCUUAAUUUGAUUGACAUUUAUAAAUAAUUUCGUUUACCUAUGCAUAAGCAAACAAACAUGUAUGCGGCACGUGUCUCAUCGCUCCAUAUAUGGCACUGUUCCACGUGCUUACAACGGGACGUUGAAUGUUUUUUCUUUCGAAUAAGCCGAGAGUUAACCCGAAGCGUUGUAGUAAAAUCUUAAAAUCAAGUGAAUAAACCGUGAGUUAAUAAGGAAGCGUGGUACAGCUCUUUCACGUUUUCAACAAAAGGAGUUAAAUAUAUACUUUUCAUAAGUGAUCAAUUUGAACUAAACUUAUAUCAAAUUUUAGUGUUAAGUUGGCUUCUGUCGAGAAAACAAACAUGAUAUAUGAUUCAUUAUAUUAUUAUACA